AUGACGACAUUGAUUAACAUUAGUCUUAUAACCUACUUUACUUUGGUGUCAGUCAUUGGUACACUUGGUAAUGGCGUUAUUUUAUUAGCAUAUGGAAAUCGUUGGAAUUCAUCAAAAUCAACUUCAGUGAUAUUCAUACUGAUUCUUGCAUGUGUCGAUCUAUGGACAUGUUUAAUUGUUGUACCAGCCAUUGCGAUAAUGGAAUAUCGUGAUUUUGAUGUACCCACAGCAAUUUGUCGUUUUUAUUCUUUUUCGAAAAAUCUUAUUAUUAUAUCAUCAUUCAUUAUGUCAUUUAUUGCUCUCGAUCGAUUUUUAAAUAUUGCUGUACCCCAUUAUCGAUUACUUAAUCCAAGACGAGUUAAAGUUAUACUCACACUAUUUAUCUCAAUAGGCAUUGGACUUGGCACAUUAACUGCAUUAGCAUUUUCAACUCAACCUGUUAAAAAAAAUUAUUAUACUAAUUUCAAUUUAAUUUUAGGAAAUGAAUCAAAUAUAGCACUUUAUAACGAAGAAAUUUCUCUAAAUCCCGAUCAAAAUUUGGAUCUAAUAGCAGAUAUAAUUAAUCUAGUUACUGAACAACUUUCUAUACCCGAUGGUGCUAAUAUAACAAAUCUUACUUUAGAAUAUAGAUCAAUGUCUAAACGAUGUUUUGCUGAUACGUCGAUUAUAUCAGAAAUUUUACGUGAUUUAUUAAAACAUGUAUCAAAUAAAGUAUUUUUUACUUUAAUUGGUAUAGUUACAAUUUUUUACACAAUAACAUUUGUACUUGCCUUGCACCGACAAAAUCCACGUAUACGUGCAUUAAAAAAGAGUUUAAAUGUUUUAAUUAAAUUUGAUUCAUAUCCAUCAGCGAUAUCUAAUCAACGAACAACUGAUUCUAUUGUUCCAGUUCAACCUCUAUUGACUUCAUCUGUAACAACAAGAAUAACGAAUUUAUCGCCUAGAAUAAGGACAAACGUAUUAAAUGAAUUUGAUCAUUCCGAUGAUAAUUUAUUAUCACAACAAACAUUAAUUAAUUCUUCCACUAAAGUUGAAGAAACAAAAUAUGAAAUGUCGAAUUUUAUUAAUCGCCACGAUAAUGAAGAUCCAAAUCAUUUUUCACCGAUUUUAAUAAGAAAACCAACGAAGAUAAAUAGAAAAACACAAGAAGAACAUGAUACUAGUACAUCAGAUGGUAUAUCAGAAGAGCUGCAUCCUUCUCCGGAAAAAACAAUUGGUUCUAAACAAGUAUCAUUUCAAAUUGAAAAUUCUCCAACUACAUUAAAUAGAGAAUUAAAUCAAAAUUUAUCAACUGCACCUAAUUAUUUUGAUAAUGAGUUAGAUGUGAAUACUGAUAUGUAUUAUAAAUUACCAUGUCCAUGUUCAACAACCCGUCAAUUGUUAAUAAAAUUUCAUUUUUCACGAUCAUCAUCACAAUUAAGAAAAUGGUUAUGCCGUUGCUGUUGUACAAAAAAACAAUUAUCAUUAACUCAACAUGAAUCAAUUGAAAUUCAUGGUCAUGAUGAAAUAGCGAAAGGAUCAAUUUCAACUACUCCGACUAAUCGCACAGGAUUGUCACAUAGUGAUGCAUUACGCCGACAAUUACAUCAACAUCGUAUAAAACAAAUACGCAUGGCAUCAACAUUUUUAAUUAUAACAGUAUCAUUCGUUCUUUUCUAUUUACCAUCUAUUUUAAAUGCUGAACGUAUUAUAAAAAGUCCUAUAAUGAUUUACUAUUUAUACCUAUGUACUCAUGCAUUAAAUCCAAUUAUUUAUUGUUUUAUGAAUCCAAGUUUACGAGCUUAUGUUAUUUCAAUGUUUAACUGUCGUAAGAGACGAGAAAAACGAAAUAUUGGUAAAGGAAAAACAUCAAUUUUUGAACGAUAA